AUGUACUGCAGCCAGUGUUUUCGGCGCAAGGGCCGGAGGCGCACAUGUGAAACUGGGGAACCCAUGGAGGCUGAAUCCUGCGAAUUAGAAUCCGAAGGCCCAUCCCAGGUCUACCUUCCUGGCAAAGGGCCGCCACUGGGUGAAGGGGAGGAGCUGGUAAUGAAUGAGGAGGCCUAUGUUCUGUACCAUCGUGCGCAAACUGGGGCUCCUUGUCUCAGCUUUGACAUAGUCCGAGAUCACCUCGGCGACAACCGGACAGAGCUCCUUCUCAGUCUGUACCUGUGUGCGGGAACCCAGGCGGAGAGCACCCAGAGCAAUAGACUGAUGAUGCUUCGGAUGCACAAUCUCCAUGGGACCAGGCCGCCACCCUCAGAGGGCAGUGAAGAAGAAGAAGAAGAAGAAGAGGAGGAGGAUGACGAGGAGCGGAAGCCUCAGCUGGAGCUGGCCAUGGUUCCCCACUAUGGUGGCAUCAACCGAGUUUGGGUAUCCUGGCUGGGGGAGGAGCCAGUGGCUGGAGUCUGGUCAGAGAAGGGCCAGGUGGAGGUGUUUGCACUGCGGCGGCUCCUGCAGGUGGUGGAUGACCCCCAGGCCCUGGCCAUUUUCCUCCGGGAUGAGCAGGCGCGAGUAAAACUCAUCUUCUCCUUUGCCGGCCACAUGGGUGAGGGCUUUGCUCUUGGCUGGUCCCCUCGGGUGCCUGGCCGCUUGUUGACUGGUGACUGUCAGAAGAACAUCCACCUCUGGACACCCACGGAUGGUGGUUCCUGGCAUGUGGACCAGAGGCCAUUUGUGGGCCACACACGCUCUGUGGAGGACCUUCAGUGGUCGCCAACCGAGGACACGGUGUUUGCCUCCUGCUCAGCUGAUGCCUCCAUUCGAAUCUGGGACAUCAGAGCAGCCCCAGGCAAGGCCUGCAUGCUCACCACAGCCACUGCCCAUGAUGGGGAUGUCAAUGUCAUCAGCUGGAGCCGAAGGGAACCCUUCCUGCUCAGCGGCGGGGAUGAUGGUGCCCUCAAAGUUUGGGACCUGCGGCAGUUCAACUCUGGCUCCCCUGUGGCUACCUUCAAGCAGCACAUGGCCCCCGUGACCUCUGUUGAAUGGCACCCUCAGGACAGUGGAGUCUUCGCAGCCUCGGGUGCUGACAACCAGAUCACACAGUGGGACCUGGCAGUUGAACGGGACCCAGAGGCAGGUGAGACAGAGACAGACCCCGGGCUGGCAGCACUCCCCCAGUAGUUGCUGUUUGUGCACCAAGGUGAGACUGACCUGAAGGAGCUACACUGGCACCCACAGUGCCCUGGAGUCCUGAUCAGUACCGCCCUGUCGGGCUUCACCGUCUUCCGCACCAUCAGUGUCUGAGGUGGCCAACCCAUGGCCUCGGGCCUUGGCUCUGCAUUGGAACCAGUUCGGUUAACUUUGCGGGGAUCAUUAGGCCCAUAGACUGCACGCCAGAAAGAAAGAAUGUUCAACUGGCCUAUGUGGAAGAGAAGUGAUGGAUUCUAAUGACUGAGAAUCUAAGGAUUUGGAUUGACCUGUGGCUCUGUACACCUUACACCAAAGACUAGGUUCGGGCAAAGACCCUUGCCUGUCCCAGAUAUGGCCUUACUGUGAGAUGUUUGUCAGUGCUGACUCCUGUCUUGACCCUAAGGACCUCUGACCCAGGACAGUUCUGGCUGCUGAUCAACUUCAGGAACCUUAAGGGUUUUGCCGUGGCUGGACCAAGUCUGCAUCUGGGUCACUCUAGUGGGAUUUAGUUCUUUCUUUCCCUUCUGGCUAGUUAGGUUUGGCUGAGAUCCAAGUUGGGGGUCAUCUGGGGUGCCUUCCUGUGCUGACCACUAUUGUACUGGAGGGGGGUCUGGGCCUUCUGCUGCAAUAAAG